AUGCAGAUCAUUCUGGCCAUCGCAAUCAUCGUGGUGGUGGCGGUCCAGCUGGUGGACGUUAGCGUGUCUGGCACCACCUACACCUAUCAAUGCCUCCUCGGGCAAGAUUACAUGAGCUCCAGCUUGUGCACGUACACUUUUGUUGUGUGCGGUGUCUCGCUCGUCGUCUCCGCGGUCAUCAGCAUGAUCCAGUGCUGCACCUGCAACUUGUGCGGCCUGGGCAAGAUCCUGGAUGUCCUGCUGGGAGCCCUGGGAACCAUCUGGUGGGCUGUUGCGAGCGGGGUGAUUGGCUCCAACGCCAUGGACCCGCUGGGCGGCACCGCCCAGGUCACCGCCUCCAGCAGCGUCAACACGGCGCGUGAUGCGGUGCCAAUCAUGUGCUGGGUGGAGACCGGCAUUUUCGGUGCCAUGCUGCUCAGCUCGCUCUUCCGCGGCAAGCUGCCGCCACCAGACCUCACCAAGGCCCUGAUUAGCAAGGGUCUGGGGUAUGGAAUCCUGGCAGGAAGCACGCUGGUGAAGGUGCCGCAGGUGCUGAAUGUGGUGCGGGCGCGCAGCGCCGCCGGCCUGUCCCCGCUGGCCUUUGAGCUGGAGACGCUGGGCCUGGUUAUCGCCGUCACCUACGGCUUCCUCAUGGGCCUCCCCAUCAGCGCCUUUGGCGAGACAGUGGCGCUGCUGUUCCAGAACUGCGGGCUGCUGGUGCUCAUCUAUUUCUACCAGCGCCGCUCGCUGGCCCGCACCAUCACGCUGCUGAGCGUUCUAGCAGGCAGCGGGUUUGUGGCCUUGUCGGGCACUCUCAGCCAGGCCGCCAUCACCACCCUGUACGACUGCAACAAUUUCAUCCUCGUGGCCUCCAGGGUGCCGCAAAUCUGGCAGAACUUCAUCGCGGGGUCCACGGGCCAGCUGUCGCUCGUCACAUAUGCCCUCAACACUGCGGGCGCCGCCGCCCGCAUCUUCACGUCCGUCCAGGAGAAUGCGGGGGCCGCCAUGCUGCGCGGCGCCGUCAUCAGCACCCUGCUCAACUGCGCACUGGCUCUGCAAAUUGUCUUCUAUGCCCCAAAGGAGGCGAAGAACAGCAAGAAAAAGGCGGCAUGA